AGUGAAACGGAAGCCAUUAUUCUCCGGAGGCGAUAGUCUCUUUACACAUAGGCUGUAGAGGGCUCCCCUGCGAUUUCCUUCAGUUGUUGGUGACCUUCCGCCUCCCUGCGGCAGACUGGACCUUCCGUUUGAAUUUCUCGGCCCUCCGGCGGCAGCUUCCGUGACCUCGGCUCCCCCCGAUUUUACCCUCAGUAGGAUGCCUGCUCGAAGACUCCCAUAAGAACGAGAGAGUAGCUUUCUGAUGCUAGUGUCCUGUUGUCCAGGCAAAUUUAUUAUCAUUCUCACAGGAUGGCAGCUCUUGAUCUCUCUCCCACAUGUGCUAUAUCCAUCCAGGAACCUGCCCAUAUUCAGGAGUCAGAAAUUCCUCUUGCCUCAAAAGACCAUUCUUGUCACCAGAAUAUGGACCUGUUUGCUUAUAAUGGCCUGGAGCCUCAUAUGCCAACUAAUGUUGUUUCCCAGGACUCAGUGACUUUCCAGGAUGUUGCAGUGGACUUUACUGAGAAGGAGUGGCCCUUGUUGGAUUCUUCUCAGAGAAAACUAUACAAAGAUGUGAUGCUGGAGAACUAUAGUAACCUUGCCUCAGUGGGGUGUCAGGUGGGGAAACCCAGCCUCAUCUUCCACUUGGAGCAAGAAGAGGAGCUGAGAACAGAGGAGAGUGGAUUUCCCCAAGGCACAUGUCCCGAUUGGGAGAUUCCUUCUAAAACCAAGUGGUCUAUUCUCAUGGAAGAUAUUUUUGGGGAUGAAACACCUAGUGGUGUGACAAUGGAAAGAACUCAUCUUGGAGAGAAAUCCACUGAAUAUGCUCACCUGUUUGAAGUCUUCAGUAUGGGUGCUCAUCUUACUCAGCAAAUGGGAAGACACACUGGCAGGAGGCCCUAUCACCGCCGGGACUAUGGGGUGGUUUUCAAGAACAGGUCACAUCUAACGCAACAUGUGAGCAUUUACAAUGGGAGAAAAAUGCAUGAAUGCCAUCAGUGUCAAAAAGCCUUCACCACAAGUGCUUCUCUUACACGGCACAGGAGAAUACACACUGGGGAGAAACCCUAUGAAUGCAAUGUCUGUGGGAAAGCUUUCAGUGAUCCCUCAGCCCUUAGGAGUCAUGCAAGAACUCAUCUCACAGAGAAGCCCUUUGAUUGCAGUCAAUGUGGAAAUGCAUUCCGAACCCUCUCCUCCCUAAAGAUACACAUGAGAGUUCACACUGGGGAGAGACCUUACAAGUGUGAUGAAUGUGGGAAGACAUAUGGCAGGGGCUGCCACCUCAUUGCACACAAAAGAACACACACUGGAGAGAGACCCUAUGAAUGUCAAGACUGUGGGAAAGCUUUCCAGCAUCCCUCACAUCUCAAAGAGCAUGUCAGGAAUCACACUGGAGAGAAACCCUAUGAGUGCACACAGUGUGGAAAAGCCUUUCGAUGGAAGUCUAACUAUAAUUUGCACAAGAAGAACCACAUGGUAGAGAAAACAUAUGAAUGUAAAGAAUGCGGGAAAUCCUUUGGUGAUCUCUUAUCACGGAGAAAACACAUGCGAAUUCAUAUUGUAAAGAAACCCGUUGAAUGUCGGCAGUGUGGGAAAACAUUCAGAAACCAGUCCAUCCUUAAGACACACAUGAAUUCUCACACUGGAGAGAAACCAUACGGGUGUGAUCUGUGUGGGAAAGCCUUCAGCGCCAGCUCAAACCUAACAGCACACAGGAAAAUACACACUCAAGAGAGACGCUAUGAAUGUGCUGCCUGUGGGAAAGUCUUUGGUGAUUAUUUAUCCCGGAGGAGGCACAUGAGCAUUCAUCUUGUAAAGAAACGUGUUGAAUGUAGGCAGUGUGGGAAAACCUUCAGAAACCAGUCAACUCUUAAGACACACAUGAGAAGUCACACAGGAGAGAAGCCUUAUGAGUGUGAUCACUGUGGGAAAGCCUUCAGCAUAGGCUCAAACCUUAAUGUUCACAGGAGAAUACACACUGGGGAGAAGCCCUAUGAAUGCUUGGCUUGUGGAAAAGCCUUCAGUGAUCACUCAUCUCUUCGGAGUCAUGUUAAAACUCACCGGGGAGAAAAACUCAUAGUGUCAUCAGUGUGGAAGAGGCUCCAAUGAUAACACCUUCUUUAAGAAACACAAGAGCUCAGACUGGAAGGAAACCUUUUAAGUUUCAGGAAGGCAGGAAAGCCUUUAUUCGUCUUACUGAGCACAAGGCAAUACAUGUAACUUGAAAGAGAAACAGUUUGUGUAAUGAUUGAAAAGACAAGUUUUUUUCUCAUCUCUGAGAAUUAAUACUGGGGGAGAAAAUGUGUCUCUGUGGUGUGGAAAAGCCAUCAGUGUACAUUUAAGUCUUAACAAAUGUGACAGCUUAGAAAGAGAAACCGUAGCCUGGUACUUAAUGUUAAAAUUACUGUUGUACCACCUGGCACCUUCUGAGCCUACAAGUAAAGUAAGCACACUAGGGAAACAUGGAAAAGUUGGUAAUGGGUCAGGAAACUACAGCCAGCUGUCUAUGUACGGUUCUCAAGCUAAGAAUAGUUUACAUUUUUAAGGAAGAAAAUAUGUGACAGACUGUGUGGCCCACAAAGACUAAAAUACUCAUUGUCUGGCCCUUCACAGAAAAAAAAUUGCCAAUUCCUGUUGCAGAGCAGUGGUUAUUACCAGGGAGUGGAUAUGCUCCCCAGGAGACAUUUGGCAAUUUCUGGCGACAUUUUUGGUUGUUAAAACGGGAAGGCAUUACCUUCAUAUAGUUGGAAGACAUCAAGGAUAUUGCUAAAUAGACUACAAUGCAGAGGAGCUCCCCAGAAAAAAGAUAUAUGUGCCCCAAAAUGUUAAUAUUGUCAAGGUUGAGAAACCUUGUCCUAGAACAGCUCCUCAAUUUUUAUGAAACUUGAGUCCUAGUACUCAUGGUAGGUGAAUUUCUAUUUAACACUUCAAAAAUAUAACCAAUGUAAUUAAUUCUUUAAAGAAAUGCAAGAACCCACACUGCCGGCAAUCCCUAUGUGGAAAUGAUUUCAACCACAGCCCCCUCACGUUGCUUAUGAGAAUUCAUUCACACCUCUAAGGAAUUUUCUAGUGAGUGUGAAAUUGCAUUUGAUGUAUUUCAUCAUGAAAAUAGACACUAGCUCAUAAAUUUUUAGUCUUUAAGGUUAUGGAAUUACCCUUACAUCACAAUAUAUUUGUGUGUAGUAUUUUAAUUAUAAUUUCACUGUUAAGAAUGUGUUAACUUCCUUUUGGAUGAUUUACUUGACCAAUAGACUCUGUAGAAUCUUAGUUACUGUGAACUGUGGGUAUUUUUUUUAAUAUAUUUUAUUGAUUUUUUACAGAUAGGAAGGGAGAGGGAUAGAGAGUUAGAAACAUCGAUGAGAGAGAAACAUCGAUCAGCUGCCUCCUGCACACUCUCCACUGGGGAUGUGCCCGCAACCAAGGUACAUGCCCUUGACCAGAAUCGAACCUGGGACCCUUGAGUCUGCAGGCCGAUGCUCUAUCCACUGAGCCAAACCAGUUAGGGCACCAUGGGUAUUUUUAGUGCCUGUUUGAGUAUCUAAAUCAAAUGCAUUGUGAUCAGACUAUGAUGUCUUCAUCAGAUGAGUCCUUUGGGAUGUUCCAGUCAACAGUGGCAUAUACUUCUAGUUGCUUCCCUAGUGUCUCAUCUUCCAUAUCAAGAAAACUCAAUUUUUGUCAGAUUAGUAAGGUGUAUUAUUUUUAAAAUCUCUUACAAGUUUCCUUACAAUUCAUACAGUCCAUGUUCCACAGCCUGUCCAUUAUCAAAUAAGCAGAUGUUAAUAUACGGGCUUUGAGAAGACUCCUGAAAAAAGGGCCAUUCUUACCUGGAUUCUUCUCCACUUGUUUUUUUAUUUUUGUCUCUCCCCCACUUCUCACCAAGCAAAGUGAUCCAGUACCUUGUGUUAAAAGAUCCAUCUUAUGACCAUGAGGAUGCAAGGCACAGGCUAAAAAGGAUCCUGCAGAAAAUUCACAAAGGAUUCUGGCCUCCCCAGGGACUUCUUUAGGUGUCUAUACUAGCCCUGAAUUCACUUCCAGACUUCCUAUUAUGUGGAAAAAUAAAACUGAUUAUUGGUUUAA